CAGCGACUCGCUGCGGCCAUAUCGCACCGCGCAGCCGUGCAGCGCGCACGCACCUUACCGCUCGGCAGCGUUCGGAAAACAUCGCGGCAUCUCGUAGUUAACCCGACAAUUUGUGAGUGAGAGUGUGUGCACUGUGGAGCUGCAGUUAUGCGAGGAGUUUCCAAUUGUUGAUGCUGUUUCGGCGCGGUGGUGGCGCGUUCCCAGAGCAAUAUCAGUUCGCUGUUGUUUGUAUGAUGCGACGCCUGUCUUGAACCCGCCCAGGCCUGGAGAUGGCGUACUACCGCUGCGGGCCCACGGCCAUCGGCAGCCGGACCUCGUGGGGGCCUGUAUCCUCACCCUCCGAGCCUCCGAGCUUCGAGCGGCCCCUCAGCGGCAACUUCGAUCGCAUCUUCAACGCGUUCGAGCGCACCAACGCCUUCGAGUACGUCAAGAGCCUGGAUGAGAAGGAGGAGAGGCACGUCGGCCAUGGAGAUAUAGUCGUCAAUAGGAAGAUGAGCAGUAGUUUUGAGAGGGCGGACUGCGCGCUGGCCGCGCAGACGCCGUGCGAGGAUGAUGAGGACUUCUACCGGGAGAAGAUCCUGUACUCGCAGGCCAGGCAGCUGUUCCCGCUGCAGGAGGACUUGGCUGACUGGAUUAACAAAACCAUAGGGAUCUCGUACCUGACCGGGGAGAACUUCCUGGACGUGCUGGACAACGGCGCGGAGCUGUGCCAGCUGGCCGCCGUGCUGCACGCGCGCGCCCGCGAAGCCUUCGACCAGGGCCUCAUCGUGGGGCCGGUGCCGCAAAUCCGCGGUCGCUGCUGGCAGCGCGCGGCGCGGCGCAGCUUCUUCUCGCGCGACAACACCGAGAACUUCCUGACCUUCUGCCGCGACCUCGGCGUGCACGAGAACUUGCUGUUCGAGAGCGACGACCUCGUGCUGCACAACCAGCCGCGGCAGGUGAUCCUGUGCCUGCUGGAGGUGGCGCGGCUGGCGACGCGCUUCGCUGUGGAGCCGCCCGGGCUCGUCGCGCUCGAGAAGGAGAUCGCGCUGGAGGAGCGCGACUCGGGGCUCGACUCCGCCGUGUCCGGCGCCGCCUGGCAGUUCCGCGACGCCUCGCCCGUGCCGGACGCGGACAAAUCUACAAGCGUUCCGCCGCCAUCUUCGCCUGAACCUAAUGACUCGCAACUGUCGGUGCCAGACAACGUGGAUGCGGAGAGCACGAAGUCGGAGGAGACGGUGGCCAGUACGGAUUCCGACGUGCCGCUGAAACCUACCAAUGAGCUCGACAAGAGGGUGCAGUUGGUGACGCGUCUGAUGGAGCGCGGCUGCCGCUGCGGCGACGGCAAGUGCUCCAAGCUGCUGAAGGUCAAGAAGGUCGGCGAGGGCCGCUACAACAUCGCCGGCAGGAACGUCUUCAUCCGGCUGCUGAAGGGGCGUCACAUGAUGGUCCGCGUGGGCGGCGGCUGGGACACGCUGGAGCACUUCCUGUCGCGGCACGAGCCCUGCCAGGUGCGCCUCGUCACGCCCGGCCGCCGCGCGCCGUCCCUGCCCGUCCCCCUGCCCUCCCCGCCGCCCUCCCCCUCCCCCGCCAGCAGCAAGGCGUCCGUCGCCGGCACCGUCUCUCCCAUCGACAGCAAGGCCUCCUCCCUCAGCGGACAGUUAUCCCCCAUAGAUUCCAAACUCGGCAGCACUCGCGGCUCAAGCAAAACCAGCAGCGGCAAAAGCUCCCCCGCGCUCGAACCCCGUCGCACGUCCACCCCCACCAAGCCUGCUCCCGUCCGCAGCCUCAAAUCAACCCUGACCCUCCCCCUGAAGCCUGAAGACAAGAAAUCAGCCCCGCGCACCAGGAAGCAAUCAGCACCGUCCAGCUUCAGCACCCCUAACACCCCCACGGGCCGCGCGGUGCGCACGCCGCCUGCCGAAUACAGGAAGUCGCUCACCACCACCAGCCUGCUCGCCACCCCUAAAAAGUCCCGCAGCAUGAGCCUGGCGACGGCCCCGAAGGAGGAGAAGAAGUUCUGCGGGACGGACCGGCUGAACCAGGCCAAGAAGAAGAGCAUCAGUGCUGCCAGCACGCCGACGGAAUCUCCCGCGGUGACGGCGCGGAAAACCCGCAGCCAGAGCCUCGCCUCCACGCCGGUCGAGACCAAAAAGUCGUUUUCCACCGCCAACGGCUACGCCAAGAAGACCCGCAGCAUGAGUCUCGCGACGCCCACGGAGCCUCUGCGGCCGACGCACAAGAGCCUGUCUCUGACGGGCAGCGGAGCCUUAACGCAGGCCGCCAUCGAGGAGAGCAUCCGGCUGUCUUUAGAGGCGACUAUAGCUGAUAACUCUUCUUCCAAAAAGCCGUUUCUGCACAUCAAAGCCAAAUACAGGAGUCCCCCGCCUCGGGAGGUGCCCCCCAGAUAACUCCGGAAUCAUUCCAGUAGUGUAUAGUGUGACGUGGCCGAUCUCCUCACUCCGCAAUCUCACGUAUCGUCUCGUAGCGAGUAGACGCUUAAUUUAAUUCUCACAUUCAUGCCCCCCGGGGACUAGUCAUAAUGAAUUGUUUUAAUUGUAAUGUUAUAAUGAUAAUCGGUUAGUUUUAAGCAAUGAUAACGAUGGCAAUAAUGAUUCAGAUUAUAUUUUGCAUACCUUAGGAAUUAUUUGUUUGUGAAUUUUUUUCGUUAUUUAUGAAUUAGGUUACGAAUUCUCUUAUGUUUCAUCGCCAUAAGUAAUUUUAGUUUUUCACCUCAUUAUUUCGCAACGUUGUAAAUUAUUGUAAGUGUAGUUGUUUUCCGUACUUUUCUUAUUUUCAGCUGAGUUAGACCGUGCACUUGUAAAUUAGGAAUAAAGUGGCCUCACAACACUAGCGACCUCUAUGGUACAAAUACGUUAUAUCGACACAUCCUAUAUUUUGAUACUGAACGAAAAUAUUUUUGCACUGACUUGAUAGACGCACUAGACACGGAUAGUACCUAGCCCUAGUAGAGUAAGACCCUAUGGUUGUACCGUUGAAGGACCUAGAAUGUCUUUAUUCGCAAGAUAUCUCCACCUCCUCGACUUCUAAGCCUAUUUACAUUCUGACUUCACAACAGACUGUUCUAUAGGUUUUCUCGAACUUAGAAUCUUGUUUCUUUUCGCAUUGAAGCGACUCGAUUAUCGAAUUAUUUAUUGUAUCGAUCGACGAGUCCUAGAAUUAAUAUUUUAACUAUUCUCUAUUUAUUCUGCGAAAUUGUACGAACUAUAGCUGAAAGCCAUAUUUAUUCUAUUUCUGCUAAUUAUUUUAUCAGAGCGACUUUGAAUAAAGCUAUCAACGAAUAGAAUUAAGGAAGUUGAGAUUACCAUAAUCUAAUAAAUUGAAAAUCUGCUAUUUUCAUACAUACCAAAUCAAAUAAGAUUAAAUAAAAAAGAGUGCUUAGAGAUAGUGGAAAUGGCAGAUUUAAGUAGUUAUACAAAAACAUUUUGAAUCUAAAAGAAUAUCAAGAAUGAGCUUAGCAGUAGCAAGUUUUACAAUAACGAUUACUUAUGAUGAGCGAUGGUGAUUCAACUGCCGAGUGCCGACUACCUACCUAUCUGCAAUAUUGUGCCAACAGUUUUAAUUAUGUAUGGUUGAUAAUAAAGUUUUUAAUAUUCGGUAA